CAGAUGGACCUUGAGAAACAGCCCAAAAAGGAUCUUAUCAUCAACGAGAUUCUCGUCAUGCGGUCGUCUCGUCACCCCAACAUCGUCAACUAUAUUGAUUCUUUCCUUUACAAGAACGACCUUUGGGUGGUGAUGGAAUAUAUGGAAGGAGGCUCGUUGACCGAUGUCGUCACCGCCAAUUUAAUGACAGAGGGCCAGAUAGCCGCCGUGUCAAGAGAGACCGCGCAAGGCCUAGAACACCUCCAUCGACACGGUGUGAUCCAUCGAGAUAUCAAGAGUGACAAUGUUUUGCUGAGUAUGAACGGUGACAUAAAGCUAACUGAUUUCGGCUUCUGUGCCCAAAUCUCGGAUCCAGCGCACUCGAAGCGCACGACGAUGGUGGGCACGCCUUAUUGGAUGGCCCCCGAGGUCGUCACCCGGAAAGAAUACGGGCCUAAAGUCGAUAUCUGGAGUUUGGGUAUCAUGGCUAUCGAGAUGAUCGAAGGGGAGCCACCGUACCUUAACCAAAACCCGCUCAAGGCACUCUAUCUGAUCGCCACCAAUGGUACGCCCACCAUUGCGAACCCCGAGGCGCUCUCUCCCGUCUUUAGUGAUUAUCUGGCCAAGACGCUGGAGGUGGACGCGGAGAAGAGGCCUACGGCUUCGGAGCUCAUAAAGCAUCCCUUCUUCAAAUUGUGUGAACCUUUACGUACCCUGGCCCCAUUGAUCAAGGCUGCGCGAGACAUCGCGAAAUCCAAGUAGCCACCGCUGACGUUCCCCGUGCUCACUUCUCUCUCACCUCUUAACAGUCCAUUCAUAUUUGGAUAUCUGCCUCUUUGUGUCAUUCGUCUUUUGGCAUCUAAACACCAUUCUUUCAUUUCUGCAAGCAAUUCCAUCACUCGGUUGGUAAAAUACCAUGGCCUCCUCCUCCCCCCUUUUUUUUUCGCAAUGUUGGCGAUGCAAAUGGUCUUUCACUGUUGUCCAUGUUGACUUGUCCUCUCGAGUCUGUAAUACCUCCCCUAUCGGUUUACCUGUUUGUGCGAUGAUAAUCACCAUAGAAAAAAAAAGCCAGGAGGGGUGCUGUGUUUUUUUUUUUACAGUGUCCCUUCUUUAUAGUGUUUUCAUGUCGUCCUUACUAUCUUGUUUCAAUCUUCUCUCUGUAAUCCAUGCGUCCAAAUUGUGUCAAUAUGAUCGGACUAUUUCAACAUAUGUCUGAUGGAGUAGUCUGUAGAGUUGGAAAUGCAAUGAAAUAGAAGUGUCGGAUGCCUCGAAUG